ACGCGCGGCGUGAGCUCGGAGGGGCUGGGCUGCGGCGUGCGGGGUUCCCCCCGGGACGCCAUGCUGUGCACCCGGAGGCUGAGCGGCCUGGGGGCCGGCGUAGCGGCUGCGUGGCCCUGCCGAGCCGGCCGGGGCAGCCUCGGACCCGGGAGCCCGACCCGCAGGGUCAGCACCAGCUGGUCCCCGGUGGGCGCCGCCUUCAAUGUCAGGCCGCAGGGCCGCCGCCUGGACCUGUUCGGCGAGCGCCGGGCUGAUUUUGUGAAAAUUGCACACCCCGAGCCAGCAUUCAGAGAGGCCGCUGAAGAAGCCUGUCGCAGUAUUGGCACCGUGGUGGAAAAGUUGAACACCAAUGUGGACUUGUACCAGAGUCUGCAGAAAUUAUUGGCUGACAAAACACUCAUGGAGUCCCUUGAUGCUGAAACCAGGAGAGUGGCAGAACUGUUUAUGUUUGAUUUUGAAAUCAGUGGAAUCCAUCUAGAUGAAGAGAAGGCUGUCGUUCAUGAAUCUGAAGGAUUGUUGGGGUACAUUUACUGUGAUUUUUUCCAGCGAGCAGACAAGCCACACCAGGAUUGCCAUUUUACAAUUCGAGGAGGCAGAUUAAAGGAAGAUGGAGACUAUCAACUUCCAGUCGUGGUUCUCAUGCUCAAUCUUCCCCGCUCCUCAAGGAAUUCACCCACUUUAUUGACCCCAGGAAUGAUGGAAAAUCUUUUCCAUGAAAUGGGACAUGCCAUGCAUUCGAUGUUGGGGCGCACUCGGUACCAGCAUGUCACUGGGACCAGAUGCCCGACUGAUUUUGCCGAGGUCCCAUCCAUUCUGAUGGAGUACUUUUCAAAUGAUUACCGAGUAGUCAACCAGUUUGCCAGACAUUAUCAGACUGGACAGCCACUGCCAAAGCACAUGGUGUCCCGUCUCUGUGAGUCUAAGAAGGUGUGUGCUGCUGCAGAAAUGCAACUUCAGGUCUUCUAUGCCACGCUGGACCAAAUCUACCAUGGCAGGCACCCCCUGAGGAAGUCAACCACAGACAUUCUUAAAGACACACAGGAGCGAUUUUACGGCCUCCCCUACGUUCCACACACUGCCUGGCAGCUGCGGUUCAGUCACCUUGUGGGCUACGGUGCCAAAUACUACUCAUAUUUGAUGUCCAGAGCUGUGGCAUCCAUGGUUUGGAAGGAAUGCUUCCUUCAGGAUCCUUUCAACAGGGCUGCUGGGGAGCGCUACCGCAGGGAGAUGCUGGCCCACGGCGGGGGCAAGGAGCCCAUGCUUAUGGUACAAGGUAUGCUCCAGAAGAGCCCUUCCAUCGAUGACUUUGUGGGCGCCCUCGUUUCUGACUUGGAUCUGGACUUCGAAACUUUCCUCAUGGAUUCUGAAUAAUGGGUUCUGAAAUAAUGAACUGACUUUUAACUCAGGUUAUGUGGUUUGAUAUAACUUUAAAUGGAUGGGACUUGGAAUAAAUAAUCUGUUUGAAUUA